GUUCUUUCUCAUCUCCUUCUCACUGGACUCUCACACACCCUUGAUUUUAGGUGUGUGUAGCGAUUGGGAUUGAGAAAUCGUUAUUUCUUUGGAGUUUUGUCUUCGAAGAAGUAUGGAGGCUCGAUGUGACUUUUGUGGAACCGAAAAAGCAUUAAUCUACUGCAAAUCUGAUUCGGCUAAACUUUGUUUAAACUGUGACGUUAAUGUACACUCAGCGAAUCCUCUGUCUCAAAGACACACGCGAUCUCUACUCUGCGAGAAAUGUUCCUUACAACCCACGGCAGUACACUGUAUGAACGAAAAUGUUUCUCUUUGCCAAGGAUGUCAGUGGACCGCUAGUAACUGCACUGGUUUAGGACACAGACUUCAGAGUCUGAACCCUUACUCUGAUUGUCCUUCUCCAUCAGAUUUCGGCAAGAUCUGGUCUUCAACUUUAGAACCUUCUGUCACAAGUUUGGUCUCUCCAUUUUCUGAUACCCUGCUCCAGGAAUUAGACGAUUGGAAUGGUUCAUCAACUUCCGUGGUUACACAAACUCAGAACCUUAAAGACUAUUCUUCUUUCUUUCCUAUGGAAUCUAAUCUUCCAAAAGUGAUAGAAGAGGAAUGUUCUGGUUUGGAUCUAUGCGAAGGGAUAAACUUAGAUGAUGCGCCGUUGAAUUUCAACGCAAGCAAUGAUAUAAUCGGAUGUUCAUCACUUGACAAUACCAAAUGUUACGAGUACGAGGAUUCUUUUAAGGAAGAGAAUAACAUUGGCCUUCCUUCAUUACUGCUUCCUACUUUAUCCGGGAACGUUGUACCGAACAUGUCACUUUCGAUGUCUAACCUCACAGGAGAAAGCAAUGCGACUGAUUACCAAGAUUGCGGAAUUUCACCAGGGUUUCUCAUAGGAGAUUCGCCAUGGGAAUCGAAUGUUGAAGUUAGUUUUAAUCCAAAAUUAAGGGAUGAGGCUAAAAAGAGAUACAAACAAAAGAAAUCAAAGCGCAUGUUUGGGAAGCAAAUAAGAUAUGCAUCACGCAAAGCCAGAGCUGAUACGAGAAAACGGGUCAAAGGGAGAUUUGUAAAAUCUGGAGAAACUUUUGAGUAUGAUCCGUCACUGGUGAUGUGAACUAGUGAAUCUUCACUGCGGAACUAAAGAAUAAUCUGACUCCAUCCACGGGAUUAACAGUUUCUUGUCGGAGAAGUAACAAAAAAAAAACAUAAAAUUCUCUUCUUGAGAAAGUAUACAAGAUCAAACUACAAAGACUUAAAAUCAUCGCAAAGGUGAUUCCAAAAUGGAGAUU